AUUCUACGUCCAUAACGUGAACGGGUUGUGCUGCCGCAUUUUCUGCUUCUGCCACUCUUUCGCAGGUUUCUCGUCGGCGAGAAUCGUUUCUUAAAACAGGUGCAAGCGCGAGUCGCGUGAUCACGAUGUUGUCUUGGGUGCAGGAGGCAGUGAAAAUGAAUCCCUUCUCGUCGCCGUUCACGCAGGCGAAGUGUCAGGCGUUGAAGGACGACGGAACGCGACCCCUCGUUCCGAGUCGCAACAUCGCCGCCGCCUCCGUCGAGGAGGGUGAUAGCUGCGAAUUUGGAUCGAACCAUUAUUUCUUGUUAUGUGGUCUCGGAGGAAUUUUGUCUUGCGGUAUCACUCACACCGGUAUCACUCCUUUAGAUUUAGUCAAAUGCCGAAUUCAAGUGGACCCUGGCAAAUAUAAAUCAGUGUUUAAUGGAUUUCGAGUAACAUUUGCCGAAGACGGCACUCGAGGAUUGGUGAGGGGAUGGGCGCCUACCUUCUUCGGCUAUUCUAUUCAGGGAAUGUUCAAAUUUGGUCUCUAUGAGGUUUUUAAAGUUCAGUAUGCAGCGUUGGCCGGCGAAGAACUCUCUUACGAAUACAGAACCUCGUUGUAUUUGAUAUCGUCGGCUUCUGCAGAAUUCUUUGCAGAUAUUGGCUUGGCGCCGUUUGAAGCUGCCAAGGUCAAGAUACAAACUACACCUGGAUUCGCCAACACUUUGCGACAAGCGAUGCCGAAGAUGUACGCGGAGGAAGGUCUUACCAGUUUCUACAAGGGUCUGGUGCCUCUGUGGAUGCGUCAAAUUCCGUACACGAUGAUGAAAUUCGCCUGCUUCGAGCGUACCGUUGAACUUCUGUAUAAACAUGUAGUACCUAAGCCUAGAGCGGAGUGCACUAAAGGCGAACAACUGAUAGUCACUUUUGCGGCUGGCUACAUCGCCGGUGUAUUCUGCGCCAUCGUAUCUCAUCCAGCAGAUACGGUGGUGUCGAAAUUAAACCAAGAAAAGGGAGCGUCCGCGGGCGACGUCCUGAAGAAACUCGGCGUUAUGGGCGUGUGGAAGGGCCUAGGACCGAGGAUUGUAAUGAUCGGUACCCUAACCGCAGCACAAUGGUUCAUCUAUGACGCCGUUAAGGUCUGGUUGCGCAUGCCCCGUCCUCCACCACCCGAGAUGCCAGAGUCUCUCAAGAAAAAGUAUGGUCUGGCAUAAAUGUCAGAAGACAUGUUCCGAUUGAAUCGUCGAAUAUUCGAUCGUCGGAUUUAGAGAAGAAAAACGUAUAAAGCAAUUUCAAUUUGAUCUUUGUGCCGUACCAUUGUUGAACAAUGUGCUCCGUCACUUAUUUUCGAAUAUUUAUUUUGUGACAUUAUACAAUGCAGUCGAUCAAUAAUCAAUCUGUGGGCAACACUGCCGCGAGUUAUUAGAAAAAAUAAUUGUGUCUUACAAAUAGGAAAUAUAUAGAAUGCUAAUUACCGACUCUAUAAUUACGAAAGGCACAGUAAAACUGACUACGACAGUCGUAUCUAGUUAUCCCAGUCAGAAUAACUAGAAACUGUCGCAUUGUACAUAGGGUAAUCGCUGUAAAUAAACAAGACGAUUGCUCAGUUA